AUGUCGUCAAUUGGGCCACAACUACCCGCGCAUCUAUCGAAGCGGAAACGCACACCAGACGAUGAAGCGUCUAACUCCAGCAAGCAGCGUCGCAGCGAAUCCCCAGCAAAGAACACGAAUGAGAUCGACCUUGAAGAUUCGGACGAUGAUUAUGGCCCCAGCGCACCUCUCCCACCAAAAGCAUCCGUCGGCCCAGUGUUACCGACCUCCAACAAAGACGAGAUAGAGAUUGACUCCGAUUCCGACUCUGAUACAGGUCCAGCACCACCGAAGCCUACCGUUGGUCCUGCGCCACCACCUGCCGACAUCUCACAACGCCCUGCAGCAUCUCCCGACUCAGAUUCAGACUCCGAAGACGACUACGGUCCUGCACUUCCAGGUUCAUCAAAAGCAAAUAAACCCACUAUAGGACCACAGCUCCCAGUCGCCGAAGCGGCACCUCAGCGCGACUCAUGGAUGCUUGCGCCGCCUACCGCCUCAGGCUACUCGGAGCGAGACCCAACCAAGAUGCGCAACCGUAAAUUCGCCUCCAAGUCUUCAUCUUCUGGACCAUCAACGGUCUCAACAAUAUGGACUGAAACUCCUGAGGAAAAGCUCAAGCGGCUGCAAGAUUCGGUGCUAGGACGCGCCGACAAAAACGCAGAAACAGAAAUGAAGGGCGGAAAGUCACAAGAGGAGGAGGAGCGCAACCGCAAGAUCUCUGCCAAUAUCGAAUCGCAAAGAGGCAAGAGUCUAUACGCGGAGCAUCAAGGACGAAGAGAAAAGGAGGGCAAGAAGGUCGAAGAGGAAGAUGAUCCCAGCAAGCGUGGAUUCGAUAGAGAAAAGGAUAUGGCUCUCGGCGGCAAGAUUGGCACGUCGCAAAGGAGAGAGUUGAUGAAUAAGGCCGCCGAUUUCGGUGGUAGGUUUCAGAAAGGGUUUUUCUUAUAG